AUGCUCAUCCUCAACGGCCAUAGUAGCCACGUCUCACCCGAAUUUAUCAAAUAUUGUUACUCCUAUCGAAUAAUAAUUUCAAUAUUUCCACCCCACGCCACCCAUACUCUACAGCCUCUCGACGUGGUGUUGUACGGGCCGCUGUCGGCGGCGUACUCUAAAGAGCUAUCAGAGUUCAUACGCCGCAGCCAAGCAUUGCUCCAAAUGCAGAAAAGUAAUUUCCUCCGCCUAUUUUGGGUGGCGUAUACAUCUACCUUCACUACCAAUAAUAUUUUAAGCAGUUUUGCAGCCACCAGGCUCCAUCCCCGCGAUCCCGAAGUCGUACUCAAACGGUUCAAAACCACCACAUCACAACGAGAUAACAACUUAAAAAGUAGAGAGGUGGGCGAUGGAGAUAGCUGGCGUACGCUGUCAAGAUUAUUUGACGUUGCGGUACUAGAUAGGUCAACAGCUGCAGCCAAAGAGCUCCGCCAGGCUCUACAUUCUCUGCAGGUCAACAACGAGCUUCUCCACGUUGAGAUCGACGAACUUCGCGGUGAAAUCGCCACCAAAAAACAGAGGCCGAAGCAUAAUAGGGUUCUCAACCUUCAACAACACCAAGAGUACCAGAGUCUGGCGGUGGUGUGGAGCCCUCAGGCGGUACGGGAAGCUCGAGCGCGUCAGGCUGUACAACACCAAGAAGAAGAGGCAGAAAAACUCCAAAAAAAAAGAGAGAAAAGAGAUGCGAGAAGCCACUGCCUAGUAUAA